GAUGAAUCCUUACUUUAAAUUCUAUUAUACAGACUGUCUGGUUUUUGGUACAAUAAUGCAUUUAAGGAAACAGAAAAGUAGAUGGGCAAGUGACGAUGGCUGAUGGGUGUUUAAUUUAUAAUUAAAAAACAUUAUACUCUCGUAUCUCUCGGUAUCUGAAGAAACACUUUGAAGUUUGAACUAUACACUUUUUCUUUGCUACUUCAGAUCUGGAUAAACGUCGUUGUUUACAAUGCAGACGACGUUAUGGAUUAGUUCUCCUCCAACCCACUUGUAUUUCGAUUAAAGAUGGCCAAAAUUCACUUGUAUUUCGAUUAAAGACGAGCCAUUAAUCAAAGGUUGGAUAAAAUUCACCAAGACAGUGAUAGAUAUAUGCUGCGAAAGAGGUGAUCACAAAUGAAUGGAGGAGAGUGGAUAGAGUAGCAAAUGGUUUCAUGGAAUAUUAUUAUUUGUUGACUCGACCAGCCAUCGAAGACUCAUUUCAUUCCACAUUCAUACUUCUACUCUACACACUUUCAUUUUUUUUUUUAAUCAGUACUCUACACACUUUCAUAUUCCUCUUAAAAAACACUAUUAUCUUCAUUCAUUUCUUCUUCAUUGUUUUUCCAUCUGCUUGAGAUUUUUCAUAAUGGCCGCGGAACAAAUUCUUGUUAACGGGGUCACUGAAAUCAUUAAUAAGGUGCUACCUGUUAUUGGUCAACAGAUUUCUUCGGCAUGGGGUGUCAAGGAUGACUUAAGGUACCUCAAGGAUACCUUAGAGUUGAUUCAAGCUCUGAUUCAUGAUGCGGAGAUGAAACAAGUUAAUAAUGCUGCUGUGAGACUUUGGUUGAGAAUGCUUAAAGACGUUGUUUACGAUGCAGACGACGUUAUGGAUGAGUUCUCUUACCAAACCAUGAGUUCUAAUAAACAAUCAAAGGUACAAGCUCUUGUUUCAUCCUCCAACCCACUUGUAUUUCGUUUCAAGAUGGCAAGUAAAAUUAGAGCCAUCAGUGAAAGGUUGGAUGAAAUUUUCAAAAACAGUGAUAGGUAUAUGUUGCGAAAUACUGGUACGUCACAAGAAAAUCAAACUAGGGAGCUGAUAAAAAAACGUAAUCGAUUAACCUCAUCGGAUGUAGACGAUUCAUUACUUCUGGGGAGGGAGGGUGCAAAAUCAGACAUAAUAAACUUAUUGAUCGACAAGCCGUCGCCAUCUGUAUCUUCAUCAUCAUCAUUACAACCAGAAAUCAUUUCCACUCUAUCCAUAGUGGGUAUGGGAGGGCUGGGUAAAACUACAGUAGCUCAAAUGGUCUACCAAGAUGAACACAUAGUGAGAAACUUUGAGCGCAGAGCUUGGGUCUGUGUCUCUGAUACUUUUGAUAUCUUUAAGAUUUUAGAAGAUAUCAUCGAGUCCAUUACUGGGAGGAAUUGUGAGAAUAUACCAAAUGUCGACAUUCUGGCUAGACAAGUCAAGGAAAAAUUGAUUGGUAGGAAGUAUUUGCUCGUACUCGACGAUUUGUGGAAUGAGGAUCUUGAAGAUUGGGAGAAAUUGAAAAAGUUCCUUAACUGUGGCGGUUUGGGCAGCAAAAUAUUAAUCACAACACGCAGCCAAAAGGUCGCUUCUUGUGUUGGAGGUGCGUUUUACAAUUUAAAAAAAUUAUCAGAUGAUGUUUGUUGGUCCAUUAUCGAGAAGAAACUAUCGUUCCAAGGUGGAGCAGCGCUGACUCCAGAAAUGAUAAAUAUUGGCAAGGCUAUAGCGGAAUCAUGUGGUGGUUUACCACUUGCAGCAAACUUUUUAGGCAGUUUAAUGUUUUCGAAAAGAGAACGAAGUUACUGGUUAUCAAUCGCAGACAGUGAUAAUUUGUGGAGUACACCAGCACAUGAAAGGAUCAUGUUCAUAUUAAAGUUGAGCUAUGAUAAUUUGCCUUCUCCUUUGAAACAAUGUUUUUUGUAUUGCUGUAUAUUUCCCAAAGACUGUGUAAUACAUAGAGAAACAUUAAUUCAAUUAUGGAUGGCUGAGGGGUUCCUUUUUCCAUCUGGUGGUGGAGAGAAUAUAUCUUUAGAAGAUAUAGGAAAUGAAUAUUUUGAGCAUUUUGAUGUGGAGUUCUUUCUUUCAAGAUGUGCAAAAGGAUGCAGAAUCUGGUUACAUUGCAACAUGCAAGAUGCAUGAUUUGGUGCAUGAUCUUGCAAUGAGUCUUCUAGAUAAUAAUGAAUUGGGAACUGUAAAGGUGGGCGAUAGAAAUGCAGAAGUUUCGCAAGUUCGUCGCUUACAGAUGCUAUUUAAUGGAGGAAGAAGUUUAGAAGCUCCUAAAGGGUUAUCAAAUGCGUUGAAGUUACGAACUAUUAUUGCUGUUGAACCAUACACGUUUCCGCAUAUUAAUUCUUUCUUUCGUUCUAAGCGUUUACGAAUAUUAUGUCCGUGUCCUGGCUUGCUUAGUGGCUGGCGUGGAUGUUCACUCUCUUGUGGCCUCAAGUCUUGCAAGCUAUGUUUUGCCUCUUCCAAGCUGAAGUAUCUGAGGUACCUUGACCUCUCAUAUGUUGAUUUAUCUCGUGGGUUAUCUUUAAACUAUUCUUGCAGUUUGCAUACACUUGUAUUGCGAGAAUGUAAAAACGUUCCAAGCUGGCUUCUCAGUAAAAUUGGAUCUUUAAAGAGUUUGAGGCAUGUUGAUGUCUCAUAUUCAGAUAUCAAAUUUUUACCCCAAGAUAUUGGGUCGUUAGAGCAUCUUAGUUGUAUUGAUCUUUCAGGUACAUCAAUCUCAGAGUUACCAGAUUCCAUCACUUGUAUCAGCAGUUUAAGGACGUUGAAGCUUUAUGCUUGUAGGAAUUUAAAUGCCUUUCCCAGAGAGCUAGGAGCAUUGACACAAUUAAGGUUUCUUGAUUUGAAUGGUACUAAGAUCAGAGAAUUGCCUAAAUCAUGCAUUAACAGCCCGUGCAAUUUGGAGAUAGUGAAACUAGGAUAUGGGUGUCAACUUCCAAAAGAAAUUAAGAAUUGGCCGAAAUUGAGAAUCUUCACCCAUAACAGUUAUAGUGAUGCAAUGCCUAGAUGUAUAGAAAGGCUCACUUGCCUUGAAAGAUUGGAGGAUUACAUUGUCAAUAAAGAAAUUGAGAUCUGCGGAAGUGAGGAUACAAAUUGCAGCAGUGGAAGCGGCAUUGAAGAGUUGGCAGGCUUAAACACCCUUGAGGUGUUAACGAUAAGAAAUCUGGAGAAUGUGAGAGGUCAGACAGACGCAGAAAGGGCAUGUCUGAAGGGAAAGCAGUGCAUUCGCCUAUUGCAGCUACACUGGAGUUCCUGUCGUUCAAAUGAUGAGGAUAGUAUGGUGUUGGAAGGUCUCCAGCCUCACUCUAAUUUGAAGGAACUGAAGAUACAGAGAUUCCAGGGUUCAAAGCUUCCGUAUUGGAUGGGUUUAUCUUAUUGCCUACCGAAUUUGGUGGAGUUAUGUUUAUUUCAGUGCGACCGUUGUGAUAAGCUUACAGGGUUGGGUUUGCUUCCAUGUCUAAGAGUUCUUCAUAUAAAAGGAAUGAAUUCUGUCAAGAUUUUGGGUAAAGAAUUUUACUAUCAUGAAGAAGGAGAAAGCAGCAGCAGCAGUGUUAGUACUACCGAAUAUGGUAAAAUAUUUCUGUUCCCUUCUUUAGAUGAGUUGAGUUUUGAUGGGAUGGAAAGUUUAGUUGAAUGGGUUCGUUCUCCUCCACCACCUUAUUACUCCUUCCCUUUGCUGAAAAGUUUGAGUAUCAAGAAGUGUCAAAGACUGAAAACCACACCAAACUCGUUUCCUUCUCUCAAGUCAUUGGAAUUAGAAGAUAUCAACGACAGGGGAGUAAGAUCAUUCUUAGCCAGUACUGAAGGUCUCACCUCUCUCACAUCCAUUUCUUAUCCCGGUCACCAGAGCAAUUUUCGUUGCUGAUAAUUGCCGCCACCACCACCCAUGCUGGCAGGCCUCUCUGCACAUUGACAGGCUGAUUGGAGUUGCUUAAUCACUCUUAGAACUGUCGUGUUAUGAUAUAGCUUGUCCUGCAACUUCUCUCUCCAGAGAUACGAUCGAGGGGUGAAUACGCAAGGGUGAGGGGUUUGUCAUAAUUCAUUCAUGCCACCUUUUGGCUUCAACAUCUGUGGAGGGAGGCUUUUACUCGCUGUGCACCAUUGGGGGAGUUCAAGCCUCUGCCCAUUCUUGGUGAUAUCCCAGCAUGUCCAUCCCAUCUCUGACAUGAUGACCGGUGGAACCCUUUGCUAUCCGCCUGAUUCAAGAACCUGUCAUAAUUUUGGGGUUGUCACCAUGUAGCCAUCUCUUCUUUUCUAUUUGAUACUCUCUUUAUUUAGCAUAUUAUAAUCCUGGCUGAUAGGACCCCAUUUGUGUUUUGUUCUGGAAUUUGCUUGUAGUCUUAUACAUCAUUCCAAAAGUAAAGUUCCUUGAUUGGUUUCUACAUUA